AUGGCUGAGAGUAGAUAUGAAAUGUUGGAUGAAGAAGUCGGUGACUAUGGAGAUGUAUUGCAGUUGAGUAAGGCAUUCCGAAGCGAUGAAGCAGCAUAUGAAUUUUACAGGAGGUUCGGCAAAUGUUUUGGUUUUGGUAUUCGGAAGGGUGACUCGGGAAAAGAUGAAAGUGGAAGGGUUAUUCGUAGGAGAUUUUUGUGUAACAGAGCGGGCCUGAGACAACAUCAUCACCAUGAUAGGCUAGAUAGGCAGAGAGGUCACAAACCGAAAACGUGCACAAAUUGUGAGGCAAAGCUGUCAGUCUACCUUGAUGUGGUCAGUGGUAUAUGGAGGGUGAGAAAAAUAGUAUCGGAUCAUAACCAUGAUUUAACUCCGGCAUAUAUGGUUCAUAUGAUGACAAAUUUUAGAGAAAUAAGUUGUUCUGCCAAGGCACAAAUAUCUGGUAUGCAGGCUUAUGGUGUUCUGACGUCUAAGAUUCUGGGGCAUAUAGCUGGACAGGCUGGUGGCUAUUCUCUAAAAGACUUCACUAUGAAGGAUGCAUACAAUUAUAUUAACAAGGUUAAGCAUGCAAAGAUUAUUGACGGGGACUUUAACGCCGCUGUCGUAUAUUUGGAGGGAAAAGCGAGGGCCGAUCCGAUAUCAAUGGCUAGGUAUAAUGUUACUAAGGAUAAUAUGCUGGCCAAUAUAUUUUGGGCCGAUGGUGACAAUAGAGUUGAUUACCAAUACUUUGGGAACGUUCUAGCCUUUAAUUCGACCUACAAGAAAAAUAAAUAUCGGAGAUCGCUGGUGAUAUUUUCUGGUAUGAAUAACAAUAAGCAGACGACAAUAUUUGGGUUUGGCUUGGUGUUAGAUAAAAGCGUUGGGUCUGAUAAGUAG